CUGCACUAUGGGACCCUCCUGGGCAGCAGAGCUUGUGCCCACAUGGCAGCAGCUGCCUGGGCCAGUGCCUUUCUCAAUGCUCUUUUGCACAGAGACAAUACAUUUUCCCUGCCCCUGUGCCAUGGCAAUGCCCUGGGCCAGUUCUUCUGUGAAAUCCCACAGAUCCUCAAGCUCUCCUGCUCCCACUCCAAACUCAGGGAACUUUGGCUCAUUGUGCUAAGUGCUGAUCUAUAUUUUGGUUGUUUUGUGUUCAUUGUUUUCUCCUAUGUGCAGAUCUUCAGGGCUGUGCUGAGGAUCCCCUCUGAGCAGGGACGGCACAAAGCCUUUUCCACCUGCCUCCCUCACCUGGCCAUGGUCUCCCUGUUUGUCAGCACUGGCUUUUUAGUCUACUUGAAGCCCCCCUCCAUCUCGUCCCUAUCCCUGGAUCUGGCCCUGUCAGUUCUGUACUCGGUGGUGCCUCCACCCCUGGGCUGUGACACGCUGGCCUCUUCCCAAGCCGAGCCGCCGCUGCCUCCCGCUGACAACAUCCACGACUGA